AGGGCAUAGUAAGACCCAGUUGUUGUACGCUGACCCAUUUUUUCUUAUGUCUACAAUUAUUACUAUCACGUCUACUGCUUACCCAGUUAUUACAUCUGCAAGCAUUAGCAUUACUCUCUACAGAACAACAUUACGAUUACUAGGCAUUCUACAACCUCUACUAGAGUAGUGUAAUAUCAAGUAGAAGUAGUUGCCCGAUCUUUUUCACUGUUUCUGUUCUUUCUGCUUCAAGGAUUAAGCUUACUAUACUUUCAACAGUAGAACAGCUACAUGAUCAUUAGUAGUACUUAUUAUACUUUCGUCAACAAAACUACAUCAAGAAAAUGGGCGGCGGCAAGGGAGGAAAGAAAGGUGGCGGUGGCUAUCCCUGGUGGCAACACAUUAAUUAUGGCGGCACCUAAACUACGGUGAACUAGAAUGAUAUCAUAUGGAACUCAUCGCUGAGCCGCACCUUCAGCUAUAACUUCAAGAACAAGAACAAGAGAAUUUGCGUCGACUAGUUGUACUUAUUGGCGUUGUCGUCCUACUAGGAGGAUGCUCAUCGUGAUCUUGUUGUUGUUAUACUUCUCAUAUUAAAAUCUUCACUAGAAGGACCACUUAAUCUUAAUAUUUCUACUCCUAGGUCUAACAAGUCGUGGUCUUUUUUUAACACGUCGAAGUCCUCUUUUUUUUCUAAGCAAUAUCGAAAGGAGGUGGAGGCCAAUCUAGUGGGGGAUCCUACUCACCUCCGGAGCGUGGUGGAGAAACCGAAAGCAAUGGAAGGCCUAUGAAACAAGCAAAGUUAAGGCUAUAAACCAGUAAUUCUCAAUUUCAAUACAUAGGUGAACGGCUGGCGCUGGGUUUGGGGUUGCAAAAUGAUAGGAGGCGCAGGUGAACGAACAUGGAGUACUUACUAUGAAUGCAUGUCUCUUUGGAACUGGAGAAUGCAGGUGAACAAUAAACACGCGCUUCAAGUAGUGGCCCACUCAGCUCCCUACAAAGGAGGAUACAGCAGGUUAACAAACCAUCACCUAGUACUACUAUGUACCAGCUGCAUGGGUCUCAUCAUAUUACUGUACUAGCUACUAUGUACGUGUACCAUGAUCAUCAUGGGUCUGUUGACGAAAAAACUCAUGAAAAGUCCUCUAACAAAGCUGAUAGACAUUCCAACUCUGACGUCACCGAAAACAGAGCUACAGAAAUACUGUUGGAACAACCUCGAAGGUGCCGGCUAUGGAGCCUACAAGGAUCUCAAAUUAUGCUUGUAGGCAGCCCUGCUAUAGAAUUUUUUCGUCCAUUUCUUUAAGUGUUAUAUUUCUAUGCUCUAUGUUGACUUGAGGAUCAUCAUGCUCACGGGUGUGCUGCCCGCAGAAGUAAUUACACUAUUAGUUGUACUAGAACUAGUACAGCUGUAAUUUUUUCUCUAAAUGGGAAGAUACUAGACUAGUCAACUCUCAAUCCCUAUUACCUUUUUUAUGUGUAAGAAGUUGCACAACAAUAGCCUUACUCAACCAUUGCUAUUUGUAGUUUUUUGAAGACUUUCACUUGUUUUUGAAAUUUCUAAACCAUGGUGAGUGGAAAGAGGACGAUUUUACAGUUUUUGUGGAUCAUGUUCAAGGGGACGCUUAUGCACCACCAAGUCAUGUUCGUGUGCGGAUACCGAUGUCUUUGGCUGGGUAGUAAAUGUUUGCUAUGUCAUUAGACAUUGUUGAUUGAGAUCAUGAUCACUUCUAUUUUUUAACCUACAUGAUGAUGAUGAUGAUAAUAGAUGAAUUUAAAUGGAUGAUUCGAAGGUCAUACUCGACUUCCCAGAGGGCUCAUUCCUGGCAACUCGAUCCCGAUCAUUUUUCACUUAGACCAUUUCAGGCAUCCUGCGCCUUUUCACACGGAUGCGACGAAAAAUCGAGCUGCCACAGACUUCAUGCAACGCGUAUUAAACGAUUAUUUGCGUGGUGGUUAUGGGGUAGAUUUCACCCAGGCGGCGGUUGGUGGCGGAGGCUGGUCGAGCUCUAAAGGGGGUGACAUUUAUGCAGGCAGCUAGUAUUUGUAUUUUUUAAUCGAUGAAGUAACCUGAUGAAGUAAAUUCUUCUUGAGGCAGUAAAAAGUUGAAGAAUACUAGUGCUAACCCCUUCAUACAGAACUACAAUUUCGAAUAAGUAAGUAGAUCUAUCAGCUAUUUUUACUUGGUUGAUUAUAUUUCAGUUUUUCAUGUGCUACUUGAUGUACAUUGUUUGGUCCAUCCUCAUCUUUUUUACGGUCUGCCUCUAAGAUAUCCAAGUGGACCGACCAUCACAAUUUGUUUUGCAGCGUUCUUGCGUUGUACUUACAAAGGAGUAUAUCGAGGCUCGUGCGACGUUGGCGCUGCCAGCCCAUGGGCGCACAGCAGAAGGAAAGAAGGCGGCGGGUGCGCUUGAUGCCCUAGUGAAGAUUACGGCUCAUAUUGGUCCUCGUGACCAAAUUAGCUCAUGACCUUCGCAGAAGUGGACUUCUUAUCUCAGUUCUUGUUUUCUUCUUUGAUUCUGGGAUUAAUUACAUUCUUCACCAAGCAACUCGUACGUCCUUGACUCUCUCUUUUUCCAGUACGAAAGGAGUCAGGGAUGUUCUUCUGAGGCAUGCAAGGUCGGAACCUCUAACAAGACCGCGCAAAAAGCGCUUAUCUUCGCAAAUCUCGACCACGCUGCGCUCAAAAAACAUAUCAAGUAUAGCCACACUUUUUCUUGGAACGUGUCAUUUUAGUUGCUUAGUCAGUCAGAGCAUUUCAAUCUUCCAAAGAUAUGAGUUGUAGCAAUAGUCACUAUUGGUGUGAAAAUGGGUUAGGGGGCUUCGGCUCAUGUAGAUUUCUGAUUAUUCAUGCUACUUGUACUUGUAGUUAAGUAGAUAAUUUCUGGCUCAAGCUGCUUCCCAGAUUCCCGUAGCCAUUUUGGCUCAAGAUCUGUGCCCUGUGAAAUGACAACAAUCCUAUAUGUACUUGAAUAAGAGGGAGCGGCGCCGGCCUUCCGGGCACCCGGCGCGCUACCCACAAUGCUAAUUAACGAUCUUCAGCGUGCCACGCAUUCCUAUUUAGAUAAAUAACGAAAAGAGAUGGUGGAACAGUACAGAAUGAGGACCAAGACCCGGCUAGCAUGACUACGGCAGCGGACGGCCCGGAGCGAAGAUCGCGCAGAGACAACAAACCACGAGCGCGAUCCUACCACAAACUGGGCGGCCUCGUACAAUGAUGGGCCCGAUCUUGAUGUUAAGGCCCCCACAUAGUUAAGGCUUUCCACAAAUAUGCAACGUGGAGAAGUCGUCUACUGCAGCGUCCCAAGUUAAGGCUAGCUUAAAGCUGUAGUCGUGACGUGCAUACGCGGCAACAGAUAUCCGCGCGCGGCGUAACGGGGGGACUUAUUGCGCAGAUGCUCUGUUGUUAGCAAAGCGUGAGUAUGGUAAGUUAUUUGCUACCACAGUUAUGGUUAUCCUCUGCGUUGGCGAGUGUAUGGCCUCGCACUCUGCCUUAAGGCUCUCCUGCCGUUUGCGGCAUUAAGGCCUCUCAUGCUGCCAGUGGAUCUGUGCGCGGUGCACGGACAAGGGGAUUUAGCGGGGGCGAUGGUCUAUUUUGGCUCGUAAAGCACAAAGAAGAGAAUGUAAACGGGCUUUGUCGGUCACUGAGAGGAGUGGAAAGACCCACCGGGACAUCGGUCCUGUUUAAUGGCCCCGACUUUACUCAGGUCACUGGCCCCGGUGUUCGUUGUCGACUUUACUCAAGUCACCGAUCAUCCUCGAAGCCGAGCCAGGUGCCGGGCUGAUUCGUUGCGCAGGGUUCACAGCCUCACCUAACCUCUGUUGUAUGACGACAAAGUCUAUCAUCUCUGUCCGAGUGAGUGAGGAGGGUGCUCUGUUCGCCAUAACGAGAACGAGAACCGAAAAGGUUAAGAGUAACAAAGUGGAGAGACUUGAGAAAGUAGGAGCGUGCCCAAAUAUGGCACGACUCCAAUCAGUGGCCUCCUACGUACAGCGACAGCACUGAACUCAUAGACUGGCCAGCCUUCUGUCGUGCGCAGGGCCUGCCUUUGAGUCAAGGGCCACAACCUUCCCGGGAUGUUUAACGGCUUGCCUGGUGUUCUACGUAUACAAAGAUGACGAGACUCCUUCAUCUGUAUGCUUUUACUUCUACAGUUGGUUCGCCUCGCUCUAAGCGAUUCUAGUUUCGUGGUUGUUUCCGUUCUUGUUUGUUUGAUCUUGAUGCGGUUCCGAGUUCGUCGCGCAGUAUUGCAGCACGCCUGCCUCCUCUACCAUAUAGCGGUAGGCACCUGGCUAACUCCUCCCCGAGGGGCGCUUUUCGUGCUUUUAUUUUGAUUUUGUCGGCUGGCCAACUGGGGGCGUGCUUUUAUUUUGAUUCUGUCUGCUGGCCAGCUGACGUUUCUGUUGAGGAAGUUUCUCUGAACGACGUGGAUCUACCUACCUGGAUUCUGCCUCGGUCUUUGCAACUGAGAUAAGCCGGGAGCCCGUUGGAACCCAGCGGAUAUCUCUAGAGCGUUUUCUUGUUCUUUGCGAGAAUGAGUUAGCUUGUUUUGAGUGGAGCGCUAUCCCGAGACAAAGCUGGCACGACCGUGGGUCGCGAUGCGAAAUGACGCGGAUGCUCGACUUCCAGAGCGUACGGGCGUGCUCUUAUCGGUGUAAUAUUCGAAGAAGCGUCUUCGUGAUUUAAGUAAAAGGGGGAGGGCGUCCAUCGCUCUCCCUCGCCGAUCCUUUUAUCUCCUGCCCGAUAUUACCAGAGUAGUGGCUAUCGGCAUAAGGUGGCCCCUGUGGUCGGAGUUAGCCGCCCAAUUUUUUGCUUCUCUUUGUUCUUACUUUUUUUUUUCUGGCGAAUACGAUUGCAACAAACAUCUGCGGAGCAGAGCAUGGGAGCGACGACAGAGCGCUUUAGGGUGAGGAGCAACGAAGAAAGAAGUGGAAGUAGGUUGUGGUAGGCUUCACCGAUAUGAAUUCCUAGCACUUAUCCGCCUUGGCACUUUUUGCCGAUGAUUUCUUACCAGUCCGCCUCACUCAAAGUUCUACUUCCGCGCUGUAGAUGACCGGCGAGGCAUGUGGCUUCACUGGUCGAGAUCGAAAAAAGUGACUUACUCCCGAUCUCUGCGCUUAGUCUUAGCAAAGGCUUGCUUGUCUGAUUUCGGUUUAUCUAUGCCUAGUAUAGUUCGUUUUUCAAUGAGCUAAACAUCCUGUAGCAGGUGGCUCAUCAGUGAAAGUAAGUCCCUCAUCAGUUGCGCGGCGUGUCUUGCCUCUGCAGGUGUGCUGACUUGCUCCCGGGGCCCCGCUGUGUCGAGUUGCGCCUUGGUUUUUCUAAAAGGGUCGAGUGUGCGGCUCUUCUGAUAGUUGUAGAAUUGUCGGCUGAAUGUCCGGCCUCAUGCACCCCCAGUAUGUAACUGCUUAAUUGUUUACUGGAAAUGUAUAAUUGAUUGAAAGGGCGCUGGCAUAUAGUCCUAACGAAAAAAAAAAAGGGAUGGGCCGAGAAUCAGGGACCGAGGGCCAGGGCUUUUAGCGUAGUUGGCAAGGGGAUUCAGAGCUCCCCCUACGCCGGUAACCACGCGGAAAAUAUGUAGGCUUGUUCUUUGCGGAACUCGCUCACGAUACAAAAAAAAACUAACAGGGCGGCCCAAAUUGGGUUGAUUGAAUAGUACUACGCGGCCAUCAUUAACAAUCAACAACAACUACACUAGUGGCGUGCUCGACCAGCAGUUUUUACGCGAAUGGUGUCGUUCGAAUGGGCUAGUGGCAUUUGUGGGAAAUGGUGCUAUUUUGCCGAGAAAAAGCGGAAAUGAUGACAGACCUAUGCAGAGUUCAAGCGUGGUUCCUUUCGUGUCACCAGCGAGCGUUUCCAUGUGCGUUACAUUGCCGCACGGCGGCGAAAUUCAAGGUAUGGCGAUUAGGAGAGGGAUCACACUCAUCGUUGGCGGCGGCUUCCACGGUAAAAGUACCCUUCUGCAGGCAUUGCAGACCGGAGUGUACGAUGCUAUACCUGCGGAUGGGCGUGAGCUAGUGGUCACGGACGAGAUGGCCUUCAAAGUGCGAUCCGAAGACGGGCGUCCUGUUCUUUCCACGGAUAUUUCGCCAUUUAUCCGCGACCUGCCUUUUGACGUAGAUACCACUCGCUUCAGUACUCAAGACGCAAGUGGCAGCACGUCGCAAGCGGCGAAUAUCUCAGAAGCUUUGGAGGCGGGGUGCAAGUUUAAGCCUACCCCCGAUCCAUCUCCAGUGAGGGCAACCUGAUUGAUUGAUUGACUGACUGACUGAUUGACUGACUGACUGACUGACUGGCUGAGUGACUGAGUGACUGGCUGACUGACUGGCUGGCUGAACAUUAGCCUGGCACAGCCUAAGCAAAGCGGGCAGAGUCCAAAGACAGCCGCAGCGAGUUCGCGCCUGAGGUUCAUUGUAACAGACUGCGUUAGGUGGCUAGCCACUGGCCUCGUACUUUGGGCGGUCUUUUGUGGGCUAGGUCAGCGGGGAGGGAAGCACAGGCGUGCCUCAAGCACCCUUGCACAGUCCAGACCUGGCCCCGGGUCUGUUUCUUCCUCCGUUAUCCAGCGCCGCCGCUCGUUAGGCGGCCGCAUGCAGUUGACUGAUCGGCUGGCCCAUCUCUAGAAGCAUCGCGAAGCUGUCGCGCACAUUAGGGGAAGGCACAUCCGCGAUGAGUUUGAAGAUGAAUCAGGAUGAGCUGCUCUAACAACAGUUUGCUAGUAGACGAAGACACGUGCGCAACGAAUUUUAUGAUCCGCGACCAACGAAUGCAAAUGCUAGUAGCAACCGAAAAGGAACCGAUCCAGCCAUUCAUCGACAAAGUUUAAGGCAUCAUCUCGAACUCAAAGUAGUAACUUAUAUAUAUAUUCUAUCAUGAUGAUAUGUUCAAAGAGGACAAAUAUGAAAGAGGAGAGUUUGUUGUUGUUCAUUCUCUAUAAUUUUAAUUUUUUAUUCUUCAUCAUCCAUUGAUUCUUCUACUUCUAGCACUUAAUAUCUCUCCGCUUCUUCAAAGUUCAUUUUGUUUUUCCUUCUCGGAUGUGUUUUCUGACCAGAAAAUACUACGUACCUUUUAUUCCCGUAGAAGAACUAAAUGAACUACAGUUUUCCUUUAUUUUUUAUGGAGCGCUAAAAACUGUUGCCUCUUUGGGAUUCGAGAAGCGUCUCGACAAUUUUGGUUGUUGGCGCUAGUGGAGAUUUUUUUCAGGUAGCAGAUACGGUUCUAUGCAUGGAAGACUAUCGCCCGAAAGAUGUAACGACCGAGGCGAAGGCAAUCGUCGAGAAAACAAAAACCAAUAAAGGUAGUAAAAGCCAACAAAUGUAGGGGUUUUAUUUCCUUUAUUUUUUCUAUGACAGCCUACAAGUUCUUGCGAUCGUUCGGUUACUUUUUUCCAUGACCUUACCUGUUUCAACGACAGUUUGUUCCUUGAAAUUCUGUUCCUACCUAUCUUUUUGAAUGAUUGUUCUGUUGCUGAACUCUUCUACUAUUUCAUCCCCAGAAGUUUCGAUCUUUUUCUACUUAUAUCAGGCGGCGUGGAGCCGUCAAAAUCGGGAAUCUUUCCCGUUUUACGAGGCCGAAAGCUCAAAUUAGCGGGAGGCGAUAAUGGUUGUGUGGCAAGCGGGAAAGCGUCCGCGAGAUCUCUUCGAUGCAUUGAGUAUGUAAGGCAACAUCUUCCCAGAGACAAAAAAAGUCAAUAGUCAAGUAGUCAGCUGUUGCUAUUACUACUACUUUUAGAAGAAUAAAGAAAUUAAUUAUAUUAAAGAUGCACACCUGCUCUAAAACACGGAGAUGAAGAAGUGGAGCUGACAUACGUGGAGCAGCUUGUCGAGCUUUCUUAAGAAGAUGUGACACUGUGGAAGAUCAUUUGACUUUAACAGGCUUUGAUGUGACUUUGACUUUGCACCUUUAUCGUCAAUGUGACUUUGUGCGUAAAUACUAAUCGUCAACUAUGUAUCUUGGAGAAAGGAUCGGGAAGAUAUUUGUCCCCUGUAGCUGUACAACCUUAGGAGAUGACUAAUUCUUAACUUCGUGUUUAGCCCCCGACUACUUCUAGUUGUAGUUCGCUAGUUGAUGUAGCUAUCUUAAAGAUAAAUAGAAGAUCAAGAUCCUCUAAUUGCUACAAGCCAAGGCUUUAUGCGACAUUUUGCAGUAUCUUGGCGACUAUAAGACCAUGAAAAUUCUUCUUAAGGCUUCUAGGUAAAGGCGUCGUGUGAGGUAUCCUGAGUGGCGUUCCCCUUGCCUACUUGUUAAAGGCAAAAUCAAGUUCAAGGAGAGAGCACAAAGCAGUCACUCAACAACGUCGGAUCGCGAUGGUCUCGCUUUAAUUUUCGGAGCAAAAUCGACGAGGAACAAAGUUCUACUUCUUCCGGAAACGCCAGCAAAUCAGACAGCAAAUCAGAGUUUCGCCACUUGCUCGACGUCUUGGAUGUUCUGCUUGACCGCGCACCUGACGGAAGCUGUGGACUCGACAAUUUGUCGCGUUUUUCAGGCCCCCAAGGAUUCUACUCGAAGCCUAGAAAAUUGGAGAUUGCCUGUGCCAUCAACCGUUUGCGGACUGCUAAAUUUAGCUAGGGUCUGAGGAGGUCGAAAGUGAAUUAUUCCUGGUCAAGAAGUUGCGGGCAUGAAGAACAAGGGCAAUACAAUUUUCACUCGGGAGUUCCAUCGGAAACAAUGUGGAUUUCGAACUUCUUGUGAGGGCAUGAUGAACAAGGGCAAUACAAUUUUCCCUCGGGAAUCUGAUUAGGAGCAGCGUGAAUAUCGGUCUUCCGUCUUCCUGUACGGGCAAUAAGAUGCUAUUCUCCUUCUCGUUCUCACUCGUCAGGGCACAUUUUCGCUCUCCUGGUGGCUGAUCUUGCUAUAGUACUAGUACAACAUCUGGUGCUGCAAUGUGCUGGGCUUGAUUAAGUACACAAGAAUAUGAAUAGUAUACCAUAUUCUUCUAAGAAGCUUUAACUUCUAAGAAUCAUUGUUCUGUCCCUGUACUGGACGAACGAUGACUCUGGUGACGUUUGUGAAAUCUGUU